AUGACGUUCACAAGUGAAAAGGCAGUUGAUGGCUGUAUUAAUCAGAACUUUGGAAAUAAAUGUUGUAUACAUACACAAGCAAACCCUUCACUGUUGGAAGCUUGGUGGCAGAUUAACCUUGGUGGUCCAGUCGUUAUGGAACUUGUGAAAAUAUACAACAGAAAUGAUGUAGCCAAAGAACGAUCAAGCCGAUUUGGUGGCUUUCAGAUAUACCUAUCAAAUACAACAGAUUGGAGAAACGGUGACAACUGUCAUACAGAUACAACAUCUACAUGGCAAUCGAUGGACCUUGCUCCAUCUAUUCAAUCGUGUACAGGCAACACAAUCUACCUGACUAUCUAUGUUGAUCGACGACCAAACAAACGUUUCGAUUGGUAUUCUGGCUACGCUAUCCUCGAACUCUGUGAAGUCGAAAUUUAUGGUUGUCCACUGAGGAAAUUUGGUAACAACAGCUGUGAUUCCAACUGUGAUACAACCUGUUUUAACAACCUUUGUCACCCUAACACUGGUCGAUGUACAUCUUGUGUGAAGGGGAACUAUGGAAGCUUCUGUGACAACACAUGCCCUGUCAACUGUAAGGAUGGGGUAUGUGACCAACAUACAGGAGAAUGUGAAGAUUGUGUUGAUGGUUACCAUGGCAGGAAAUGUGACCAACGAUGUUCUGAUCACUGUAAGGGUAACGUAUGCAAUCAGGGAAAUGGAACAUGCAGAGGAUGUGUUUUGGGCUAUUUUGGCAGUACAUGUGACCAGACAUGUCCAUCUAACUGUAAUGUCAACCUAUGUGUCCAAGCAAACGGCGUUUGUAUAGGUUAA